AUGGCUACCUCAAACACAAAUGCCUCACCCAACAAACCCUCUUUCCUAAUUCCUCUUCUUGCCUUUGUGACAAUGUUGUUCAUGUUCCCCAACACGGUGAAGUCAGCCCACAACAAUGUCAUUCAACUCACCAAGUUAGACAGUAAUGGAAACCCUGUGACUGGCAGUGUGGGAAGAGUGUUAUACUCUGCACCAUUGCGCCUCUGGGAAAGCUCUACGGUAGUAUCAACCUUUGAGACCACUUUCACCUUUCAAAUCUCAACACCUUACACUACUCCUCUAGCUGAUGGCUUCGCCUUAUUCCUUGCACCAUAUGACACUGUCAUCCCUCCAAAUUCUGGUGGCAAUCUCCUUUGA